AUGGGCCCCUGUACCGCCUCCUCAUGCUGCUGCCAGGCCCGUAAUCUGCCAUGGGCCCCCGUACUGACUCCUCAUGCUGCUGCCAGGCCCGUAAUCUGUCAUGGGCCCCUGUACCGCCUCCUCAUGCUGCUGCCAGGUCCAGAGUGUGUCAUGGGUCCCUGUACGGCCUCCCAUUGCUGCUGUCUCCAUCGCCACACUCUGCCAUGUGCCACUUUCAGGUCUCCUCACACUGCUGGUGGGUUCCAUUUUUUCAUAGGGUGCUGUAUGGCCUCCCAUUGCUGCUGCCUCCACCGCCACACUGUGGCUCCACACUCUGGUUUUGGCCCCGUGACUGCCCAAAUGAGUGAAGUGUGCGGUGAUUCUAAGAUCGACGGCACUCAUCUGCAUGUCAUACUGACUGACAGUAUUAUUUUCUCUUCCCCAGCAGACUCCAAGGGCAUUUAAAUUAAAGGUACAGUGUUCUGCACUAAUUAUAA